GCAUGAGUUUUUACUGACAUGGCACACAAGCAGCCGUGGAUAGAACCUUCUGAACCUGAACAGAACAAAAUAUGUCCUACAGUCAAGAAGCGGGAGACAAGCAGCUUGAAUCGUUCGACUACGAGUAUUCGGAACAGAGCAAUUUUGAAGUUAAAUUUGCAGUGGAAAACACACAGCAGCUGAAAGCGUUUGUCGACCAGCACGUUGAAAGAAUGGCAAACACCCAACCGACCAAUGCUUCGAAGAUCCCUUCGUCUGCAUUUAGUCGAAAACAGCUUACUCCUUUCUACGAGAAAACAAAGCUACUGCGCACCGUUUUAGAAAGGAACGUUCAGAUCCGUCGUUGGGAAUAUUGCAACCAGAGGAAAUGGAUUUCGGCAGCUUUCGCGUCAGCAUCGAUGAUAGCGAUCGGUACAAUUCAUCUAACCUUUCCGAUGGCAUUCUACGCGACAGUCAAAUGAUUUGCAACAGCUUCGAAACAUCGUACAACGGCAUCGAUACGGACUAUUUGCUAAAACGCUUGCAGGAUCAAAUCAUCCUGCACAACACACUGCUCGAUGCGUCGGAAAAAUUCCCAAAGUCCCCAUCCAUCGAAAAUCUCGUCAAACAGUGCAUGAAAGGUACGGACGCGCUCACUGCCCUAAAGCAGCGUGUUGCACGCUAUAAGACUGCCAAGCAGUCGGCUAGAAAAUCACAUCCGAACGCUGGUCUACUGCAGGAGCUGCCCAAUAUUAUGCGGCAUACGAUCAAUUGUGCGGAGGAUUUACAGAAACUGGCGGAAGAAAUAGUACACGUGUCGGCAUCUUCCUUCGAUUCAAACAUUUUAAAUCGAAGCUCUAUAACAUCGAAAAGCAUUAAAGAUACCACAACCCGAUUGAAGGAAAUAGAACAAAUGUGGCAACAUAUGCCUACCCCGGAGGACGAGGGUUCGUCGCUGGGACUUUUGCAUGAGUCAGAGAUGCGUGGUUCUGGUCAUUUUUUAAACGAUGUAUCCGCUUCACUUAACACCGUUUUUGAAGAGGUAAACCAUUCUCUGGAAGAAGUUCUCCAAACACCGAACACGCAAAGUUUGAACAGUUUGAAGACCCACUUGAAAGAGUGCCAAAAGCUGCUCUCGGAUAUCGCGCUUAACAAUUCGCUUCUGAACGAAGAAUCUAUGCCGUCGUUUGCCGAAUCAAGUGAAGUGCAUGAAGUUCCCCUGCUUAACAUCGUGUCCGAUGAGUUGGAUAAGUCGUGGAAAUCUGAAAUCGAAGCCUUUCUCGACAUAUGGAAAAGCCCCGAAAAGGAGCGGUUUUUACAAAUUUCCAAACAGACCAUUGAUGAUCUUUCGUUCCUACGCCAAGAGACAAACCAUAUGCUGGGCAAGAUGAAAAUUUCUGAUCGCAGUAAGCAACCAUCGACCCGGAGACAACAUCUGAUCGAAAGGCUUAACGUAUUGCGAGGGACGGAGCAACCGGGUCACAGACCCACUUACACCUCGAUCAUAAUGAAGGAUUACAUCGAUGAGGAUGAUUUAUGUGCCGAGCAAGAGUGCUUGCCGAAAGCAGAAUCAUCUAAGAAAAUGGUUCAAUUUACUGACCGCAGCAACGGAGCUGUAAAACCUGCUAAAAAACUACACGCACAAAAACCAAAUCUUCGAACGGACAUGGUUGAAGCUCGACUUGAAAUACUUUUGCAAGAAAUGAAUCAAUUUCAACAAAACUAUCUUACCUCCAACAACCAGGAAGGGAAGCAACCAAAUUCGACCAUCAUCGAGAAUAAAAUUGACGGUCUCAUGGCAAUGAUUUCGGAACUAGUUGGUACUUUACGAUCUAAUUAAAAUUCCCGUAAACGAACCAUACAGAUUUCAAAUCUACCCGCCUUUUUUUCUUUUUUAUCAAUGUGAUCAAUGGCACAUUCAGCAGCAGUUAUAGAACAUUCAGCAGCCCAGCAUUGUAGUGAUGGGAAAAGUUCCGAAAUCUCCUAGUGUUCCCGAAUUACGCGUUCCUAAGUCAUUCGCAUGAGGGAACGGUAAGAAACUCACCGCAUACUGGUCUAUUUGAUGAAUGCGCUGGCUCCUAAAAUUCCGUAUGUGAUAAUUUCCAUCCGAACUCUUUCCACUUUGUUAAGGCUUACUGAGUGAGUGGUGGUUAAUAAAUUUAAGAAACCUGUA